CAUUUUUCAUUCGUUCGACGACGUUAGUAUUGUGGGUAUUGUGUUUGUGUAUAACUGCCCAUUUGAUGUACGUUAUUACUUGAAAAAUGGGUUCUACAAAGGGUGAUAGCGUAAACAGUAGUAUCAAGAACAAUUCAAAACCUUAUGGAAAUGUAAUACUUACAUUGAAAAAUCAGUUACUGCCAGAAGAAAAGCUCUCUCCGACACCGUCCCAGCAAGAUGGGCUUGGUUUGGAAACCGAAAUAGAUUUGCGUAUUUACGGAUGCGAAUUAAUUCAAACUGCCGGGAUUUUAUUGAGGCUGCCUCAGGUAGCAAUGGCCACUGGACAAGUCCUAUUUCAACGAUUUUACUAUUCCAAAAGCCUCGUCAGGCAUCCAGUCGAGCAUACGGCUAUGGCUUGUGUAUGUUUAGCUUCCAAAAUCGAGGAGGCACCCAGAAGGGUUAGAGACGUUAUGAAUGUCUUUACCCACAUUCGACAAGUCAAUUCAAAUAGGCCCAUUCAGCCGGUCAUAAUAGAUCACAACUACAUUCACCUCAAGAGUUUGGUCAUCAAAGCGGAGAGAAGGGUCCUCAAGGAGUUGGGUUUUUGCGUGCACAUUAAACAUCCUCACAAGAUUAUCGUGAUGUAUUUGCAAGUGUUGGGCUACCACAAUCAUCAGAAAUUGAUGCAAUAUUCGUGGAAUUACAUGAACGAUUCACUGAGGACGGACGUUUUCGUGCGAUACCAACCGGAAACCGUCGCGUGCGCUUGCAUUUACUUAACGGCCAGAAAAUUGAAGUUACCUUUGCCGAAGAAUCCGUCGUGGUUUUCGAUUUUCGGGGCGAGCGAAGAGGAAAUUCGUGAUAUUAGUAUUAGGAUAUUGAAAUUGUACGCUAGACCUAAGCCAAAUAUCGAAUUGUUGGAGCAAAAAGUGGACGAGUUGUGCGAAAAGUACAAGACCGCCAGGGCGAAGGCGAGAGGUUCGGGUAACAACACGCCGAACAAUUCCAGUCCGAAUCAGGAGAAAAUAACGGGAGCUCACAACGCUUGGGGAGGCUUCAUUAGUCGUUCGGGUAGCCAUAUUGUACCGUCCGUCAACGAUAAACACUCGAGAUCGAGGUCCAGAUCGGCCACGCAUUCGCCGGAGAAUAAGCACAGGAAGCGAUCGAAAAAACACCGUUCCAGGAGCAGAUCUGCCAGCAGGAAUCACAAGAAAGGUCACAAGAGGAAAAGUUAUUCGAGGUCCAGAAGCGCCACUCCACCUUCGAAGCUAAAAAAGAGGGACAAACGUAGGUCGUCACGUUCGCCCAGUAACGAUAGGGAAUCGAAGAACGACAGGUACAUCGACAGAUAUGAUAAAUACGAGAAAGAUAGAUACAGAGAUGACGAAAGGGAUAGAUAUGCGGAAAAGGAUAAAUACGACGAGAAGAAAGAAAGGAAAGAUAGAUACGAGAGGGAAGAUAAGUACAAAGACGAUAAAUAUAGAGAGGAUAAAUAUUCUAGAGACGAUAGAGAUAAAUACAAAAAAUCCAAGCAUAGAGACGACGAAAAAUCCGAGAGUAGAUCUAAGGAUAGACGAAGGUGAAUAAUUCGGUUUUUAAACUUUGUAUUUCUUUUUGUUUUUAGCGUAAUUUGUAAAUAUUAGAUUGUAAAUAAAAGUUAUUUUCUAUACAGA